AUGGCAAUGAAACUAAGAGGCGCCAUUCAAAAGCUCACGGAAGAUCCAGAACUGAAAGAUAUUUCCUUAAUUGCCGCUUCCGAUGUCGACCUGGAAAUUGAUUCCUUUUUGGUAUGCUUGCGGAAAAGUCGGAUACAAAAGGUGAUUGUUUGGACGGAUUUCUUAUCCUGUUUGGAAGAAGAUAAGAUGCUCGAGUUCUUGCAAUUAUUACAGCAUCUGAGUCACCUCCAAGAGCUCAUUUUCAAGUCAUCUUCACGGUUUCACGUGGAAAUAAUACCGGGCGAAGGUCUCUUGUCGAUUCGAGAGAUUUCGUGUCUCAAACGAUUGGUCUUUGAGGAUAUGCAAGUGACGGCACUCCAAACUGGAUUCAUUCAAUCAUUGAGUGAUGCCUUGGAAAAUCAUACAUCCGUACAAGAAGUAGUCCUAUCCAAUUUUUUUAGCAACGACUGGGCCAAUACAGAAGACAAUACCUUGGAUCCCUUGUUUUUGGCCAUGUCGACCAUUCCCAAUUUGGAACGUCUCACUUUUACGGGAUGUGGAGGAUGUGCACUGAACUGUCAACAAGUAUCAUUAGUGUCCACUAGAGCACUGGCGGCAGUCUUUCAAAAUGCCUCUAUAAAGGAACUUCAGCUCUCAUUUUUGGAAUUGGACGACCCACAAUUUGAAACCAUUGCCAUGGAAGUGGCGAAAAAUACUUCCAUCAACUCUUUGGCAUUGGAUUAUCAUAAUUUGGCCGAAUAUGGAUUUUGUAAACUAAUGGCUGCCAUGGAGACGAAUCGACACGUCAAGAAUUUGUCGUUGCGGUCCUUGUGGAAUAUUGGAAGAAGGGGAUUUGAGGAAGCAAUGAAGAUGCUCCGGCACAACUAUUGGAUUGAAUCCUUAUCCGUCACAGCAUCACCCUCUCAACAAGCGGAAAUUGAUCUGUAUUCGAGGAUGAAUACGGCUGGCCGAAGCUUAUUAAGAGAACCAGGGACUUCGAUGAGUCAAUGGCUGGAUGUAUUGGCAGCGAAUAGUGACGAUAUCGAUGUAGUCCGAAGCCUUUUGAAAGAAAUUCCAGAUCUCUGUAAAGUGGCUACGCAAUCAUGA